AUGUCUCACGAGGAUGGUGGAGUCGACCAGGGGACCUGCGAGGAUGAACAGGAAACCGAUACAGUAACCAAGUAUGUAAUAAAUAUCACACUAUAUCAACGACGACCUUCAGUGAGGUCACGGGUAUGUGAGGGCCGCUCCUGGAACACCUGUAGGGAAUCAGGGACUAGGGACACACCUCGCUCACAUCAACAACAGUGGAUCUCAAAUAUAAUACAGAAACAGAGUAGUGAGGAGCAUGCUGAACUAAAAAAAAGGAGUGCCACCUCGAGUGUAACUUUAGGAACACAUGGACUUAAAUACCUGCUGUGGAACUUUUAUGAGCCUCAAAAGAACUCCACUAUAACAAUCGACACUCGCUCAUAUUAUAAUGUACAUGACAAAAAACUGAUGACCCGAGGUCCUGGAUACGAGCUACGAGGAGCUGACUGA